AUGUCCAGCCGUACAAGAACGGAGCGUGGCUCGGUGGCAGGAUCAGAAGAGAUGCAGGUGUGGCAGGCAGUACGUGCCCAGCUCCGAGGGCUCGAUAGUGCACGUUCUGCUUCGCUGGCAGGCUAUGAACGGCUCCUACGUGCCAGUCCCGACGCGAAAAAUCUGGAUAGCUUGUACAGUGCUACCGACGCGUGUGUACAAAAUGAACAAAAAUAUAUUACAGGCGCAUUAGAGCAGUUGGAUAUCCUCCUGGCCCUACGGAAGGCGUCCUCCGCGAACAUGUUCGAUAUGCGGCGGAAAAAGCGCAAGGCUGAUGAGACAGAUCUAUCGGAGAGCCUAACCGAUGUGGCCUCUAAAGAUACAGAUGGGCGAAAGACGAGAAACAGUGGGAUGCCGCGGUCAAGUAUGGCAGGCCAAAGUGAGCAUGCAGCACGUCUUCGAUCACAGCUUCCCUUGCAAAAUGGACGCAAAGUAGCUUUCUGUCAACCGAAUGAUGGCGGCGAAGAAGAAUGGAUUCUUGCUACAGUUCUUGAAUGCGUCAAUGAAGAACGAAGUCAAUACAAGGUCCAGGAUGCGGAAGACGAUGAUACCUUGCCUGCGACAGAUUAUCCGGUCGGCGCGCGUGUACUAGCGCUCUAUCCUGACACGAGUUGCUUCUACUGGGCCACGGUUCAAGGUGGUGGACCGAAACUGACCGGCAAAUCGCGAUCGAAACUCAUAAAGCGCGAAAACGAGCUUCUGCAUGCGCCCUACAGUGUCAUGUUUUACGACGAUGGGGCCGACAUUAAGCAAGUGCCAGCCUAUUUGGUCGUGGAGCAUCCAUAG